GUCGCGCCAGCAAUGGGUACUGAAAUCACCCUUGGAUCGUUUACAGCGAAUAUGAUUUGAUAUCCUCCGCGGAUUUACAGUACUGUACAGUAUUUUCAUUUCAUGGAAACGUCGCCGCUAGCGUUAUUAGACGAGAAAUGAGAGCGAUACGCUACAUUUUAGCGAGGAAUAUCAAUUAACACUGCGCGAGCAGUGAUUUGUUUGUGUUGUUCCUUGCUAGCGUGUGACAUUAGCAAAGCUACAACAUCAACAGUCACUGAUAAUAACAGGACUCAUAUAUUCAGAAUGAAUUUGUUUAUAAUUCAUCAGAAUGCCAGCAGGUCAAAGUGAUGUGAGAGCGAAGACGAAAGCUCGUUUUGACGAGGUGUUAAAGAGAUAUGCAAACCCUCCUUCUGAAAAAAAGAAAGCCAGGCAGACCGUUGACCAGUCCCAGGACGUUAUUGUGCUUCAGACAUUGAAGAAAAACAUAGAUUUGAGUAAAGCCACUGAAGAUGAUGAAACUAUUCUCCAUAACACAUACGAUCCAGCUCAGGGCAGCCCCAGAUUUACCAAAAACAGGCGCAGAGAAAGGGAGGUGUCGGAGAAGGCCAACAUAAACAAUUCUGCCAGUGAGGAGGAGCCCACGUUGACCGAAGGGAAAAAGAAAAGCAAAAGGAAACUGCCACCAUUGCCACCUCCUCCUCAAGAUGAAGAAGACAAUGACAGGAGGCCUGAAACAGAAAUUAGAACAGAUACUGAUGGGGAACAAAAAAGGAAAGCACGAAAAGGGAAGAACAAAAGAGGAAAGGAUGUCAGUGGACAGAAAGGAGAGACAGAGACAGAAGAUGAUUAUUUACAGGAGUACCAGCAUCAGAUCUCAAAGGCAGAGGAGAAAGCUUUAAAGAAAACAGCCCGGAAGAAGAACACGGAAAAGCUGACGGAGAGUCAAGAGGUACCGGUGUUAAACAAUGAGCUUGAGAAAAAGCUGAAAUCAAGGAAACGUGAUGGUCAUAGAAGUCAAAAUGAACUGUCAGUGGAUAACCAGACAGAAAACGUUCAGGAUGAUGUCGUGGAGGAAUUCAGGGAGGACACAGUCAAACCAAAAUUGAAAAAGAAAAAGAAACGUAAAGAAGUGAUCGUUGAGGAAGAACACGUUGAGGAAAAACAGGCCUUUGAUGACAGUCUGGUGCUUGGAGUUUAUAUCCACAGGACAGACAAGCUGAAGACCGACCUUCUGGUGUCUCACCCCAUGGUUAAAGUUCAUGUAGUCGAUGAGAUCACUGGACAGUAUGUCAAGAAGGAGGACAGCCAUCGUCAUGUAUCAUCGUUUUAUGAGCAAGAGAACAUUGAGCACAUCCUGCCCAUCAUAACUCAACCCUUCGACUUCAAGAAACAUAAAACAACAGUUCCAGAGUGGGAGGAGCAGAUUAUAUUUAAUGAGCGCUUCGGCUACUUCCUGCAAGAUGAUGACGAGAGUCCACGGGUGAUACUGUUCUUUGAGAUUCUAGAUUUCAUCAGCAUGGAGGAAGCGAGAACAAACGUCUCUGUUGACAGGCAUGAGCGGGGAUUCCGGAAAAUUGCCUGGGCUUUUUUGAAGCUUUUAGGAACCAAUGGCGUGCUGAACAUCGACACCAAACUGCGUCUGCAGCUGUACUGCCCACCUCCCCGUGCAAAAAAACUGCCACAAACUGUUGAAGUGUUUCAAUGGUGGUCAAAGUUCCCAAGGAACAAAUAUUCCUCGACCCUCUACAUCACCGUAAAAGGCCUCAAACCACCAGAACAUGUGGACCCUUGUAUCCGCUCCAUGAUGGCUCUGCAGCAGGAACGGGGAAGCACCUCCUACAGUGAGCUCAAUACUGAGAUGAGCAAUAAAAGCAGCACCCAGAUACGGGAGAGCAAGUCAGAAACCAUGAAGUGGAGCCGCAUGCCUGGACAGGUGUGCCGCAUCCCAAACAAGCCAAUGCAUUCCUUCCGUGGAGGUCAAAUGGGCUGUUUUACUCUGCGUUUCUCCCAUGAUGGGUGGGCACUUGCUGCCGCGUGUGCAGACAGAGACGCAUUCCCUAUCAUUAUAUAUGAGAUUCCCUCUGGGAAAGUUCUGGUAUCCUUUAAUGGUCACCUCAGUGUGGUGUAUGAUCUCUGCUGGUCCAAAGAUGACAAAGGACUAUUAACUGCAUCCUCUGAUGGAACAGUCCGAGUGUGGAAUGUUGAACGACUGCAGAGUCCCGCUCCCAAAACUCUCCCUCACCCAUCGUUUGUGUACUGUGCCCAGUUUCACCCUCAAGCCCAGAAUCUGGUGGUGACGGGGGGUUACGACGGGCUCUUGCGGGUCUGGAACGUGGACGUAAAAGACACCAAUGGGCAGCUUCUGCAAGAGUUUGAAGGGCACAAGACUUUCAUCAAUACACUGUGUUUCGACACAGAAGGGAACAGAAUGUUUUCUGCUGAUAAUUCCGGGCUUAUUAUCGUUUGGGGAACCAAGGUGUUGGCUGGAUCUCAUCAUGGACCAACCAGCCAGUGGAGCAUAGAAAAGGAAAUUCGAGAAGCUGAUCUGAAUGGCAUAUCCAUCAACUCAUUAGAGGUGCAUCCAAAUGGAAGACGACUUUUAAUCCAUGCCAAAGACAGCGUUUUAAGAGUCAUGGAUUUGAGAAUUCUUGCAGUGAAGAAAUAUAUAGGUGCCACAAACUACAGGGAUCGAAUCAACAGUACGUUCACUCCCUGUGGAAACUUCAUCUUUUCAGGAAGUGAAGACGGACUGGCGUAUGUGUGGAAUUCAGAGACAGGUGACCAGGUCGCUGUAUACUCUGAGCUGUGUUAUACAUCUGCGCUUCGAGCUGUAGCUUUCCACCCUCAUGAGAACAUGGUGGCAUUCUGCGCCUUCGGCCAGAAUCAACCAAUACAUCUCUAUUUGUAUGACAGAAAAGUGGCUCAGGUGGAGGUGGAGAGUUUGAGAGGUCUGAACCGUUCAGAGAAUACAUACAGUAAGGCGGACGGGAAUUCAUCAGAGGCAAUGACCUUCCAGUACCCCUCUGCCACUGGCAUGGACCGAUUCGCAAGCACAGCACGCGUGUCCCUAAAGAUGCAGCGUGUCAAACAGAAACUUGACUCUGUACUGGAGCCACAUCGCAGUUGCCCUAGUGUGGAUCUGUAUGAACAAGGAGUCAUGUCUCGCUUGGGUAGAAGCCUAGAGGGUAUGACGUCAUAUCUUCCUCCGUCUCUACUGUCCCCUCAUUCUAAACUCCAGAUGUCCAGUUCUCUCAGUGCUCAACUCAUUCCACAGGCAACAAUCACCUCACAAAAUUGUGGUUACAGUCCUGCCAGUCAACCCAUUAGAAGAACUCCUUCCCUUAAACACCAAAAGAGUUUACUGGAUUAUGAAAUCUCUCAACAAGUAGAGCCAGACUUUGGGCAAAUCCAUCAGACGGUUGUGUCAUUGUAUGAGUACAGAGCCAAUCGAUCAGAUGAGUUAUCAAUACGGCGUGGUGAUGUGAUUCAUGUGCUGUACAAAGACAAUGACACCUGGUGGUUUGGGCGGCUGGUCAGUGGACAGGAGGGAUAUUUCCCAGCAUCUUAUGUGGCUGAUGAAGGGAAUUUUGAGGAGGAGCUGUCUCGAGCUUUAGAAGCACAACCUUCACAGGUAGAUCAGUCUGAACAAGGAGUUGAGUGUGCAACACCAAUCCAGCUGUCUGCAGCCAUCAGUGCCUCUGGAGAACUCAAGUUCAUCUCAGAGUUGGUCAUUGAUCCUGAAGCCUCCUCCACUAAAACAAAAAAGAAGAAGAAAAAGGUGAAGAGAAGUGAAGUUCCCAUUGAUCUUCAUCAGGCUGUCUCAUCAGAUCCUGAGAUGCCUUCAACAUCUUCCAGAAGAGCUAGACCUCUCCCCAGACUUCGCAGAGAAAACCAAACUGAGGAUGAAGUUCCAGACUGACGUGACCCGGUGUGAUUUCAGACACUUACCUCUGUUACAGGAACUGAAGGCUUUCAGUUUCUAAAAGUGUGUAUGUUAAUCUAUUUUUUGUAGUUUGCCUUAAUUCAGAAUAUAUAUUUUGUCAUUUUUGUAACUGUUAAUUGUAAUGUAGUUUACAGGAUUGUUUUGUACUGUAUUUAUGUAAUAUACUAUUGUUUUUUAUUUUAUUUUAACAUGUAUUUGGCUGUAUAAACAUUGAGUUUUCAGUUUUUAUUUUUUAUUUAUUUUUUAUUUUAGUAAAUGCAACAACAGCAUUGAGUAUUCAGUAGUAACCAUAAUUACAUAUAAACAUAUUUUGCACUUUUAAAAUAAAGGUACCAAAUUUAAAGCAAUUUUUUUAAUUUAUUUUUUUAUUAAAUUUUUUUUUAUGGAAUGUCAUGCAGGAAAUGUUCCUACUCCCUAAAAGACAUCUCUGAAAUACAUGUCCCGAGAUAUCUCACUGGUCUUUGUGACAGCACUAGACUGUGUAAACACGAAACAAAAAUGUGUCAUGUUCUUUGAUCAGCCAAUCAGAAGGAUUUGAUGCACUUUUUACCUGUCGAUCAUUUUGCGCAUUCUCAGUAGUUGAAGCGGAUCAUUCAGGUUCACCGGCAUAUUCAGAUUCACAACAGUUGUCAGCUGUUGCAGCUACUUUGUUGCUACUGUUGUUUUUGACAACCCUGUUUUAGAAAGAGGGGGCGUGUCUACAUUGGUGGCUAGUCUGACGGUAGUGUCAGAAACUUACCGCACCUUUAACGGAAUAUUCCGGGAUGGGUUUAAUACAAGUUAGGCUCAAUGAACAUAAUGUUGAUUACCACACAAACAUAUAUUUUGACUUGUUUCUUCUUGCUGUAAAAAAAAAAAAAAAAAAAAAAAAAGAAGCUUUAAAGGUAGAAAUGUCUAUCAUUUUAUAAAAGCACUUUAAUUCGUCUGUUAAAAAUAGUGGAUUUGAGCUUUAAAGUUGUUUACAUCGCUGUUUUUACAGCCAUUUAAGGGGUUGUGGCAUUACGUUGUCAUGGCAACGAAGUUGUAAAAUUGGAAAUAACUUGACUCAGAAAUAGUAAGCUAUUUUAUCACACUAAAAUCAUGCUAACAUGUAUAUUGAUUACAUAUUGUUUUUAUAUUGUUUUUAGACCUUUUACGGAUUGGCCCCAUUCACUUCCAUUGCAAGUGCCUCACUGUGACCCAAAUUUUUAUUUAUUUUUUUAAGAAAAGGAGGGACAGGGGGGCCUGGGUAGCUUAGUGAGUAUUGACACUGACUACCACCCCUGGAGUCGCAAGUUCAAUUCCAGGGUGUGCUGAGUGACUCCAGCCAGGUCUCCUAAGCAACCAAAUUGGUCCGGUUGCUAGGGAGGGUAUAGUCACAUGGGGUAACCUCCUCGUGGUCGCGAUUAGUGGUUCUCGCUCUCAGUGUGGCGUGUGGAGAGUAGCAUGAGCCUCCACAUGCUGUGAGUCUCCGCGGUGUCAUGCACAGUGAGCCAUGUGAUAAGAUGCGCGGAUUGACGGUCUCAUGUGGAGGCAACUGAGACUUGUCCUCCGCCACCUGGAUUGAGGUGAGUAACUGCGCCACCACGAGGACCUACUAAGUAGUGGGAAUUGGGCAUUCCAAAUUGGGAGAAAAGGGGAUUUAAAAAAAAAAAAAAAAAAGAGGUACAAGUCUAAAUUCAUUUUUGUGGUAAUCAACAUUAUGCCACAAAUGCUGUCGAUUUAACUUACCUUGUGUUGAACCCGGAAUAUUCCUUAAAAGUAAAUGAUGGCAACAUAUUACACUUUCUUUUGAGCAUGAAAUCAAAUCAUGCAAGAUUUCAAAAGGUUUCAAACUACACUUAAACCAGCACUAUUAUCCUUACAGUAUAAUUGUGCAGUGUUGGAAGGGUCAAUAUUUGUGUAACUGCACCAAAAAAAUUAAAAUAAACAGCAUGUCAUUGCCAUGAAAUUGUAUAAUGCACAGUGUAAAUAGGUAUUUAAAUCUGUAGAAUGCAUUGUGCUCCCAUGAGGAAUAUGGCAAUAACAUAAAUCUGUCUAGUCAAUUGGAAUAUGGUCAUUCACAAUCUCGAGCUAGAGCGAGUAAUCUAUAUUAAGUAACAUUCAUUCUUGUAAAGCUCCAAAAUAAUUUUGAAGACAUCCUACUGCACACAAAAACUCUCUCGCACACACACACUGUAACAAAUCAUUGUAAUAAAUUCUCACAAGUGGCCAGUUGUACAAAGUACUCUUGGAAAAAAAGGGUUUAAAUUUACAUUGCAACACAAUUUCAGUAUGUCAUAUUAUGUUAUAAUGUAUCUCACGUUAACCUUUAUGUUGCUAAAUAAGCCAUCCAGUCAUGAUAAAUCUUUUAUUAUGCAUAGCAUUUGAUGACUUUGAUGCAAAAUGCAAAUAAAAACAUAAAUUCAACACACCAUGUCGAAUUUUCAAUGGUCAUACCAGACAGAGUAACUCAAGUUUACACAAGGUAAAAACUAAUCUGUGCAAAAUAAACAUAUGAUCCUAAACAUGUUAUCAAAAGGGGCAACAGUAGUCAUUAUUCUCAACACACACAUCUCUUCUUUGUUUCAAAAAAAUGUAACCGUGUUAAAAUUAUACAACCGCAAAAGGUUAUUUUACUCUUAAGAGCCUCCUCUCUUAUUGAUUUAAUUUAUUGAUAUGUAAUGUAUUCUCAGAUUAAUGAGAGGUCCAUUUAAAAUAAUACUUCUAUGUUGACAUCAGAGCACCAAUAUAGCGUUUAACAGAUUUCUGAAUUUUGAAUCUCUUACUUACAGAAUCACUUAUGGACCAGCAAUAUGAUACAAUUAGUGCUUCCUUUGAAAAGUAUACAGCAUCUCAGCUGACGUCAGCUCUGAUAUGAUCCUUCUUAGGAAGAAGAGAUUUUUCUGUGGUUUCAGUUUUGUUGGCCUUCUGUGACCUGAAAUGAAAAUAAAG